GGUUUCACUCUUCCUCCUGAUAUAGUCAUCCAGAACCAUCUAUAUCCACAAUUCACACGAUGCUCUCGGCGUUCGAUCCCCACGGCACCGCCACGGCGCCACAGGUAUGCCAUGAAGCUAAUGUUCCUAGUUUCUUGUGAAACGCAUGACCAUUGCUACACCUACAAGCCACCAUGCUGGAGCUUUAUCCCCCGUCUCUAAUGCCAACUUUAUAGAAGUAGGUCACAUGAUCAACUAUCCAAUUUGCUUUGGUUUGGCUACAACAGUUCCACGCUUCCUCCUGAUAUACUCGUCCAGAACCAUCCAUAUCCACAGUCCACAUGAUGCUCUCGGCGUUCGAUCCCGCGGCACCGCCACGGCGCCACAGGUAUUCCUGCCUUGGAGCUAACAUUCCGACCUCCUGUUUCGUGUGUUGCCUAUUUAAACCUCGUCGGCCGUCGGGACCGGCCACCGGCACACGCACCGCAGCACCGUGGAUGCAUGAGGCAAUCAGCCAAAUAACUUACAAGCACUCCAAAUUCCCAAACAAAGCUCGUUCACAAGCUGCCAGCCCGUCCCGUCGAUAUGGCGGUCAACAACAACGCUGCUGCGCCGGUGACGCCGGCGACGAGGGCGUACGUGACGGUCCUGGCGAACGACGACGGCGCCGAUGACAACUUCAAGGGCGUGGUGGGGCUGGCAAAGGGCCUUCGCAACGCCGGCUCGGCCUACCCGCUGGUGGUCGCCGUCCUCCCCGACGUGCCGGAGUCCCGCCGCCGCGUCCUCAUGGAUGAGCUGGGCUGCGUCGUCCGCGAGGUCCAGCCCGUGUUCCCGCCCCACUACAACAAGCUCCGCGUCUGGGAGUUCGUGGAGUACGAUCAGAUGAUGUACCUGGACGCGGUGGGUUUUCAAGGGUCGUUGGAGAACAUCCACGAGCAGUUCGAGCCCAACGGCGGCCGGCCGCGGGCGCCCUACAUCGACGCCGACAUGUUCGUGUACAAACCAAGCAUGGCCACCGCCAGGCUCCUCCGCCACGCGAUCUCCAUGAUGAUGAGGCCGCGCACCACCACCACCUCCGAUGAAGUCAUGGUGUGGCCGUGCAUCUCCAUCGCCGAUCACGUGAUGACGAGGAGGCCGCGCACCACCGUCGCCGAAGCCGAAGACGGCGCCAUGAUGAGGAGGCCGCGCACCACCACCACCGCCGAUCAUCAGCAGGGGGCGGCCAGCAGCCGCCAAGUCAGUAAAGGCGGCCUCACAACAACCCAGCUAGCGAUGGUAUUCUUCAUUGCGGCACUCAAUGUCAUCACCAUCUAUCUUCGCAAGUAAAUCUUAUCUGUGAUGGAUCGCUGGGCGUCUGACAUGAAAAGGCGCCGCCGUCUGUUUCGUUGGAUUUCCGCUGUCAUGACUCAUACCCCUUUGUUGUUUUGCCCCCCUGUUCAUGAGCACCAGAAAUCGCUUUGUUUGUUACUUUCAAAAGAAAAAAAGAAAUCGCUUUGUUCUUUA